UAGCCGUGUAUCCCAGACUAUGCAACCGAGCGCCAUAGGAAAUUCAAAAAUUGGAUCAUGCCAGCUUGUCACGACGAGUCAAAACUUCACUUCGUUUCUCAAUUAUUACCUUCAAGUGGGUCACAUAUCUUACGAGCGGGCAAGAUUCUUGGAUUAUCGAAAGCGAGCAAGGGUGGUGAAUUGUGGGUUCCCCGCUAGACCGUAAGUAGGCAGUUCCGAAUCCUUCUGGAAGAGUAGGGGUCACAGCGCAGCUUCGAGCUUAAGAAGCCAACAGCUGCAAGAGCUGGCAUCUGCGAGGGCUCAUACUUACAGCUUCACCAUCUUACCAUAAUGUUUUUGAGACUGCUAGCUUUCUCCGCAGGCCUGCUGGCUUUACAGCCAAGUCACCAUGUCGCCGCUGCCGAGACGGCAUCGGUGCGGACAUAUUUCUAUGUUGGCGGCGGAUACACCGAGGACGGGAACGGCGGCCACAUCUUCAAGGACCAGAUGUAUGUGGAAAAGCUGGAGCCUGCUUCUUCUCGACGCUCCAAGUCAAAGUUGAGCCCCAUCGUCUUGAUCCACGGACAGGGCCAGACUGGAACGAACUUCCUGAGCAAGCCCGACGGCGGAGAGUCCUGGACAUCGCAUUUCCUCGAUGCCGGAUACACGGUCUACAUCGUCGAUCAGACUUUCCGUGGAAGGUCAGCAUGGGCGCCACGUGCUGGAGCACAGGCUCCCUCCACCUACUCGGCGGAGAUUAUCCAGCAGCGAUUUACCGCCCCCGAGCAGUACAACCUCUGGCCGCAGGCAAAGCUGCACAAGCAAUGGCCCGGCACCGGCGUCAUGGGCGACGCCAUCUUCGACGCCUUCUACUCCUCCAACGUGCAGUUCAUCUCCAACGCGACCUACCAGCAGGAAACCGUCCAGUCGGCCGGCGCCCAACUGCUGGACAAAAUCGGCACUCCGGUCUGGCUCCUCGGCCACAGCCAGGGCGGCCUGAUGCCCGUGCUCAUUGCCGACGCCCGCCCCAAGCUCGUCAAAGGCCUCAUUCUCCUCGAGCCCACGGGCCCGCCCUUCCAAGAAGCCGUCUUCGGCUCUGGCUCCGCGCGCCGCUGGGGCCUGACUGACGUCCCCCUCGCCUACUCACCGGCAGUGUCCAACCCGCUCACCGACCUGGUGCGCCAAAUCGUGCCGCCGCCCGUGGCCAAUAGUGACAACUCGACGAUCGCGUGCGUGUUGCAAGCCACAAGUCCCGCGCCGCGCACGCUGCCGAACUUGGCGCCGCUGCCGAUCCUGACGGUGACUGCGGAGGCGAGUUACCACGCGCCGUACGACUACUGCACGGUGGAGUUCCUGAAGCAGGCUGGGUGCAAGAAGGCGAGUCAUCUGGAGCUGGGCAAGGAGGGAAUUCGCGGGAACGGGCAUAUGAUGUUUAUGGAGCGGAAUAGUGAGAAGGUGUGGAAGAGGGUGCAGAAGUGGUUGAAGAGUAACGAGUAGCUGGAGAAGAAUGAGUAGCAAGCUCGCGGCGAAAAUGGUAUAAUCUGUAAUAUUCACGUCCGACACGAAAUA